AUGGACCUAAAUAACAUACUCCUGAUACAUUCUACGUCUGGACACAUACCUGAGAGGCAGCUGGUGCCUCAUUUGCGUCUUGCUGCCAAAGUUCUUGUACUGGAGCGUCAUCGUUCAGUGUCUUCAUCCUUUGAGUGUUCCUGGAGUAAUAAAGGAAGAUGUUUUGUCUCCCUCAGACAAGCUCUUCUGCUACAUGGUGGAGCUUAUGCAUUAAGGGUGAGUUUAUUAUAUAUUAAACCUACAAAUGAAAACAUUUGCACGCUUUCGCCUUGCAACUUCCGCCGCCAGCAUAUUGAUGAAUCCAUAGAGAAAAAGCCUUCAAGCACUGAAAAUUUUAGGAACUUCAUCGAGGCAAUACGUGUGGGCGCCCAUGGAGACGUGUUAGUGGGUUACCUGGGCGAGGUGAUCACGGCCCUGGCCACCAGUCUGGACUUCCACUACAUCAUUAUGGAAGCCUCAAGCUUCGGCUCUCAGACACCCAAUGGUUCCUACGAUGGAGUGGUGGGACACAUUGAAAGAAAGGAGGGUGACCUGGGUGUGGCUUCCCUCAGCAUUAAUCACAAUCGCUACCGCGUCAUCGACUACACAUCCUGGCUGGCCCUGGAUCCAACACUCUUCGUCACGCGAGCUCCAAUAUACCUCAAGGACCCCUUCGAUGUUUUCCAUCUCUUCACCCUAGAUGCAUGGAGUGCUAUUGGUGGGUUUCUGGCUUUCUCCGCAUCAUGUGUGUGGCUAUUUUGGCCCUCUGUGACACCCAGAAACCCGGGGGCUAGGAUCAACGAGGAAAUGUCAGGUUUGGCGCCCAGAAGCAGACAUUAUCAGGAUAAUAAGAGACCUCCCUUCCUCUGUGUGCUUACAACUGUUACGAAAGCCUUCCUCAACCAAGGUUCGAGCCACACGCCUCCAAGUAUGCCAGGACGGCUUGUGUACGUGUUUAUGUUGUUAGUGGCGAUAGUGGUGUUUGGAGUGUACAGUGGUAACCUGACAGCCUUCCUUUCGCGGCCAGUGAGAGACGUCCCACCCACCACCGUCAGUCAGCUGGUCAUCAGAGACUGGAGCAUCAGGCUCGACAAAGCGUAUGGGACUCACGACCUUGUCAAGGGAACUAAAACUGAGGAUUAUCAGAUGUUGUACCGGCGAGCACAAGAGAGAGGAGACAUCCUGGAGAACACUGGUGCUAGACCCAGCAGCAACACUAAUGUACAACAUCUGCUGAAGAAAAACAUUGCCAUUGUCAUGGGAGCAACGGGAGCAUACUACAUGCUGAACAGGAACACAGGACCAGGAGAGAGGUGCAUACUUUCCUACAGUCAGGAAGCCAUGGCCAAGGAAUACGCAGCUCUCGCUGUUACUAAGAAGUCUCUCCUAAAACCUGUUUUUGACAAAAAGUAA